AUGGUUUGCCUGGCCAACAGAUCAGACUCAGGAUGGGAUGAUGCCAGGUCUAACUGUGUGAAUAAAGCGUCCGGGCGUCACCGCUUACUCUCGAAGCAGCAACCUCAACUUCGACAAGUGCGGUGGCUUCAUUUAAUCACCUCAUACAAAUGGAAUAAAGACGGCCAUGGAGUUCUUCUGGGGAAUAUCUUCGUUACUAUAAUAGUCAUAAUUGACAGAGUCUGGCAAUCACAGUCCUUCAACGUUGGCACUGCAGGUGCCAAGAUUUUCAGUGGUCUAGCAGCAGAAGAGUUUGGCUACUCAGUCCUACAAACAACAAACCAUGAAGGCAAAUGGCUCCUGGUUGGGGCUCCCUGGAGUGGUUUCAGUAAAAACAGGAAGGGGGAUGUUUACAAGUGUCCAGUCAUGGGGUCCAGAAACAGCUGUGACAAGCUCAACUUACAAGAUUCUGUCAGUAUUCCAAAUGUUAGAAACAUCAACAACAACAUGUCCCUGGGUUUGACUCUCACCCGGAUGCCUCAAGUCAAUGGUUUGAUGGUGUGUGGCCCUCUCUGGGGACAGCUGUGUGGCACUCAAGACUUCUACCCUGGAAUAUGUGCAAAAAUGAAUCCCCUCUUUACCCUUCAACCUGCCUUUUCCCCUGCUGUCCAGACAUGCGGAGGACCUAUGGACAUUGUGAUUGUACUGGAUGGCUCCAACAGCAUUUAUCCCUGGAAACCAAUGACUGAUUUCCUCCAGAAACUAUUACCUACGCUCGACAUUGGGCCUGAAAACACACAGGUCAGUGUCAUUCAGUAUGGCGUUGAUGCCAAGUUUGAAUUCAAACUCAACCAGUAUAAAACCAAAGAAGAGGUGAUUGCUGCAGCAUCCGCAAUCACACAGAUGUAUGGUCAGUCUACCAAUACCUUCCAUGCGAUUCAAUAUGCCAGUCAGUGGGGUUUCAAUCAAAAGUACGGUGGCCGCCCAGGCGCUGCCAAGGUGAUGGUGGUGGUCACUGAUGGAGAGUCUCAUGAUGUGGCUUUCAGAGAUACAGUCAUUGGAGAAUGUGAGAAACAAGGCAUCACCCGCUUUGGUAUCGCUGUCUUGGGUUAUUACAUUAGAAACAACAUCGACACAGAAAACCUAAUUAAAGAAAUCAAAUCCAUUGCCAGUGUACCCACAGAGAAAUACUUCUUCAAUGUGUCUGAAGAGGCAGCUCUCUCCACCAUCGCCGGAACACUGGGAGACCGCAUCUUCAACAUAGAGGGCACUGGAAAAGGAGGUGACAACUUCAAAAUGGAGAUGUCCCAGGUCGGAUUCAGCGCCCACUACUCCGGCCAACAGGAUGUGAUGAUGCUGGGAGCAGUGGGAGCCUACGCUUGGAGCGGAACUGUUGUCCAUCAAACAGGGUCAAAAGUUGACAUCCUCCCUUUCUCAGCCUUUGAGGGGACUCUUCAAGACAGAAACCACAGCUCAUUACUGGGAUACUCUGUCACCACACUGACCGAUGGCUCUACUGUGUACUUUGUGGCUGGUGCACCUCGCUCCAACCACUCCGGACAAGUUAUCGUCUACACUUUCGACGCUCAAAAGCAAUCUACUAUUAUAGAUUCCGAAAGAGGGAAACAGAUUGGGUCAUACUUUGGGAGCGUCUUGUGCUCCCUGGACGUGGACAAAGAUGGGGUGACAGACCUCCUGCUGGUUGGUGCACCUAUGUUCAUGAGCGAGCUGAAGAGAGAAGAAGGCAGGGUCUAUCUCUUCUCUGUCACCAAGGGUAUACUGAAUGAGCAGGGAUUCCUCAAUGGUCUACCCGCAACUGAAAAUGCACGUUUUGGGAUGGCUAUCUCUGCCAUUCCUGACCUGGACCUCAAUGGUUACAAUGAUGUUGUGGUUGGAGCUCCACUAGAAGAUAAACAAAGAGGCGUCAUCUACAUCUACAAUGGAGAGAAGAAGACUUUGAACAAACAGUUCUCACAAAGAAUCCUUGGCUCCAAACUGGAUUCGCAGUUGCAAUAUUUUGGAAGAUCCCUAGAUAGCUACAAAGAUCUGAAUGAUGAUACACUCCCAGACAUCUCGAUUGGUGCCUACGGCAAAGUGGUGCAGCUCUGGUCUCGAGGUGUGGCAUUUGUCACAACUAAGGCUUCCUUCAACCCAGAUAAAAUCAACAUUUUCAACAAACCUUGUAACAUAAAUGGGCGCAAGCUUUCAUGUUUCAACGUCAACCUCUGUUUCAGUGCUGAAUUCAGGCCUAAGAAUCCUGUUGGACCUGUUGAUAUAUCCUACACUUUGACUCUGGAUGCUGAUUUACAGGCUUCACGAGUGACGUCAAGAGGAAUGUUUACAAAAAACAACGAACGCUUCCUCACAGAUAAAGCAAGGAUAUCACCUACACCCUUGUGUCAAGACUACCAAGUUUACGUUCAGGAAACACCAGACUUUGUCAACUCCCUCAGUCUGAAAGUGGAAAUCGAGCAGGAGAAUCCAGAUGUGAAUCCUGUCCUCGAUGUGUUUUCUCCACAUGCCUCACAGUUCUUUAUCCCCUUCACAAAAGACUGUGGCUCUGACGAAGUGUGCAUCAGUGACUUGGUGCUGAGUGUGAAGAGAGACACAGAAGCGUCCAGUAGUAGUAGUAGUCAUCUGUGCUCUUGUGUUGCAGCUCAGGUCCUUUUCUGGUCAGCUGCUAAUAAUCGAGAACUGUCAUUUCAAGUUGCUGUGAAGAAUAAAAAGGAGAACGCUUACAACACUCAGGUCUUGGCCACAUUCUCCAGCAACCUCUACUACUCCUCCGUCUUUCCUUCCACAGAUGAAGUCAAAUGCUCUUCAACCCAAACACAGACUGUCUCUUGCCAAGUGGGAUACCCAGUAUUAAAAAAAGACGAAGAGGUGAAAUUUCAGAUCAAUUUUGAAUACAAUUUUGAUCAGUUACAAAACCAAGCUGAGGUGAAAUUUGAAGCCAAGAGUGAUGGUAAAGAGGAAAGACCUGCAGACAACAAAGUGGACAUCUCCUUUCCUGUUAAAUAUGAUACAGGGGUUGUUUUAUCCAGGCGGUCGAACAUCAAUUUCUACGUGGCAAAUGCUACGAGUAAAACAGUAACCACGGUGAAAAGUCUGGAUGACAUUGGCCCAGAGUUUAACUUUACAGUGAAGGUUUCAACAGGUAACUUCCCAGUCAGCCUCCUAUAUCUGACAAUUGCUUUGCCAAUGAUGACUAAAGGUGGAAAUCAGCUCCUCUAUGUUACUAAAGUGAACACACAAGCUGCAAGUGCUCAGGGAGGUUCUGUCAGCUGUGAUUCCAGCAGCCUGGUUGAUCCUCUGAAGAUUGAUGCGAAGGGCCACAAGGUGUCUUUCUCUCAGGAGAGCUUCAGAGGCAUGGAGAAACUGGACUGCAAGUCCACCAAAUGCGAGUACAUAAAAUGCAUCCUCAAAGACACUGAUCUAAAAACUGACUACUUUGUGGAAGUAAAAACAAGGAUCUGGAGUGGCACAUUUAAUUUGGCCACCUAUCAGACCGUCGAGCUUAUCUCCAGUGUUGAUGUUGAAACCUCCAAACCUGAUCUGCUCAUUAUCAACGUCAAACAGCAACCAGUGGAGGUGACCAUCAGUAAACCAGGAGAGAAAGGCGAAGUUCCAGUGGGAGUGAUAGUUGGCAGCGUCAUUGCCGGACUGCUGCUGUUGGCGCUGGCUGUUGGACUGUUGUGGAAGUUUGGGUUUUUCAAAAGAAAGUACCAGCAGCUUCAGAUGGAGGCUGAUGGAGACGGGCAGAGCCAUGCACAUGUUGAUGAGGUGCUGUGAACCAAAGAGAAACACUGGGAGCCUUCUCUCUCUCUUUCUUCUCUCUCUCUGUCACUGGAUUGUUUCCAGUGUGGAUACUGGUACUUCUCACUGGUUCUUGUAAAAUGCAAAUGGACUAUAGCUCAAUCACUGGAAGUUGGGCAUUUUAAUGAAACUGAAGCUGUUCAGUUUGUGGAUAACUGAGAUUAGGUUCUCUGUUGUUUUUUUGCUUUGUGGACUGUACAUUUAUUUUUAUGCACUGACCUUGAGAAAAAUGAAAAGCAUUUUUUUCCCAACAUAACAGAACCAGAUGCAAUGUAUUAUUUAAGCCUUAAAUCAUGUUAUCUUUUUAGAUGCUAAUGUUGCCAUCCUGAGCUUGAUAUUCCAAAGGCAUUUUAGAGUCAUUUACAGUCAUUUAUUAAAACAUUGACCUUUUUAGCACACACACACACACAUACACACACACACACACACACACACACACACACACACUAUAAGCAGUCAGUCUGUAGCAUAAACUGCCUUGAGAUCCACCAUCACCUCUGGCACUCAGGACUUUUCUUGCAUUAAGACUAUUUAUAUCAGUAGUUUAAAUGCAAAAAGGAAACAAUAAUUAUCUUGGACAGAGUGAAAUGUGUUGUUACUCUGUUUCAUUGUGUUUGUACUGUAUAUACUGUAAGAUAAAAUUAUGAUCUUUCCUAUUGGGUUUUAUAUAUGAAAAGAUUGGAGGCAGUAUGGGUACAUGGAAUAGCUAUGUCUGUUGAUGUUGUUGUUGAAGAUAUUUUUUUGAUUUGAAGAUGUCUGUUUUUUUUUAGGCACAACUUGUCAGGUAUGUAUAUUUUAGUAUAAUUUGUUGAUUACUUUCUCGAUUAAUGGUUUUGCCAAGUAAAUUUCAGAGGAUAGUUUUUAAAAAUACCCAUCACAGUUUCUCAGGUUCCAACGUGACUAUUAAAUCAAUUAUGAAAAUAGCUGCAGAUUCAUUUUCUGCCGAUCAACUGCUUGAUUAAUCGACUGAUUGCUUUAGCUUUAACAUUGAUUUGCUUGUAGAGCAAAAGGACACCAAUACCUUACAUCAAAUUCCCCAUAUGCAAUUAGUUUUAAUUACAAUGGUGGUGUAUCACUGUUUGUUUACUGGUUGCUAAAAGCAGUAAUUAAGUCAAUUUAUUUCUCCUUAAAUACUCCCAAUCUGUACCUUUAUUUAUUUACAGUAGGAAGUGUCUGAGAUGUUUGAUCAAAGAUAAUGCUGCAGGAUCUGAUGUGUAUUGGCACAGUGCUGCCACAAGAUGGCAGCAUGGUAUAGAUGACAUGUUGGCACUGUUGAUUAUUUGCUUACUGUUCUGUUGAUGACUUGAACACUCCAUACCACUAUCAAUUAAUACAUCAUAAUUUAUGAACUA